AUGGAUCUUUUGGAGAGGGUUUACAAUACCCAGUUCAGAUCAUUAUUCACAGCCCCAGUCUUGUACUUCCCAGGAACAAUAGUACAUCAUAUGAUGAUGAGGAGGGUAUGCUCAAACUCCAAGGAGAUAACUUUCAUGGUGAAUGGGCAUGAACUUAUAUUUGGGAAGUUAAUCAAAGAUGAUUUUGAUGAAGAUGAAAGUGAACAUGAAGAAUGUACUCCCAAACCUGCCCCCAGGAAGAGAAAGGGUGAAGCUACUCUCAAAGAAGCAGUCAACUUGAAGAGGAAGCUUGCUUAUGAAUCGAGUUCGGCCCACAUUUCUAGUCCCCCCAUCGUGACGUCAAGUCCUCGGGCUCCAACACCUUCUGUGAAGGAUUCUAUGGAUGUGAAGGUCGAAGAAAAGGAGAAGAGCAAGGUUGACCAGAAGGAGGAGAAGACUGAGGUGGCUGAUGUGAAGGUGGUUGUGGAGGAUGAUGAGAAGAUGAAUGCUGUGAAGGUGGAUGAUGUGAAGGAUGUUGUGAAGGUUGAUGUUGUGGAGGAUGAUGUAAAGUUGUAUGUUAUGGAGGAUGAUGUAAAGGUGGAUGAUGUGAAGAUGGAUAAUGUGGAUGAUCUGAAAGUGAAGGUGAAAGAUGAGGAGAGUGUGGAUGUGAAAGUGAAGGAUGUGAUGAUACAACAAGGAAUUGAGAAUAAUAAGAAGAAGAAGGUUGAAGAUGACAAUGACGAUUUCAAGUUAUACAAUACUCCUCCUAAAGGAAAAUUUGGGAGGAGAGUGAGGAAGCCGAAAACAGAUGACUCGUACACCAACCUUUCUUUGUUAAAACUACCAAUGAAAAAUGAUCCAAUGAAAGUCAAUCCCCUUCAAAAAUUUGAAGAUGAACUGCUGGAUAAAGUAAAAGAGUGGUUGAAUGAUCCAAAAACCAAUGAUGUGAAAAAGGAUGUAGUGACUUACAAAGUAGGGAAGGAUAUGUUUGUUAAAGUUCAAACAAGGUUGACAUGGCUUGAAGACACUGAAAUUGAUGCAUUCUGCCACUUAUUGCAAAAAAGGAUUGCAGAAUAUCCCAAGACAUAUAAAAAUUCUAAAGUCGCAAUAGGGGAUUGCGUAUUGGCAGAUAGACUAAGGCGAGAGCACAUGACUUUUAGUAAGGAUCGUACAAAUUAUCCAGUCGAAGAAUUUAAAGAUUAUUAUAUGGGUGUAGAGCAUAGAUAUAUGCCUGAAUGGUCAACAAUCGACGAUAUAUACGUGCCCGUGAACAUAAGCCAGAAGCAUUGCAUUUUGUGUGUAGCACGUCUUCAAAAGAAUCGCAUUGACGUGUAUGACUGCGAUGCUUAUAUUAAUAAGAAUCUGGAUCCUUAUUUGAAAUUGUGUGAGAUGAUUCCAAAUGUAUUUAUAAAGACAGUCACUAAAGGUGAGAUGAAAAGGUAUCAUCACUUCAACUUCCAAGCCCCCAUCCAAGCCAUGACAUACAAACGAGUUCCACACCCGAAAGUCAAAACCGCAACAGCUAAGGUAAGGGAAGUCCCAAGAGCAACCGAGAGAGGGGACUGUGGUGUAUUCACGCUCAUGUAUAUGGAAUACUUGACUGCUAACCAAGGCUUACAUAAUGUGACCUCAGAAAACAUGGAGUUUUGGAGGCAGAAGAUGGCGGUCAGAUUAUUCCAUCAAAUUAUCGAACCUUAG